AUGGUAGAUCGGGGUAGUUAUGUAGAAGUCAUGUACCCUGACUUGUACAAGAGGCUGAACUUAAAACCCGAAGAUCUAAUAGUCUAUGACUCAUCUUUGGUAAGUUUUUAUAGGAAAUUUAUUAUUCCAAAAGGCCAGAGAAGGAUGCCCGAUCAGGCUGGCUCAGAGGUAGUGGAAGUAGACUUCAUUGUGGUAGACGCAUACUCCUCCUACACAGCCAUUGUGGCCAGACCAUGGCUCCAUACCCUAGGAGCUGUUUCUUCGACUCUGCAUCAGAAGGUGAAGCAUUCAUCAAGAGACCGGAUUGAAGAGCUAGUAGGGGAUCAAUUCAUGGCUAGGCAAUGCCUUGUAUCUGUUGGAGCUCAGCUACCACCUCAAGAAAAAAAGGAGUUCGUGGAAUUCCUCAAGAAAAACAUUGACGUAUUCACUUGGAAUGCUUACGAAGCUCCAGGGGUGGAUCCGAGCUUCAUCUGUCAUCAUUUGAACGUCAACCCAUCUAUCAUCCCCAAAAAGCAACCACCUCGGCGCUCAUCCAAGGAUCAUUCUGACGCUGUCAAAGACGAGGUGAUGAAGCUUAAGCAGGCUGGAGUUAUCAAAGAAGUAUUCUACCUUGAAUGGUUGGCCAACACUGUGGUUGUGAAGAAGAAAAAUGGAAAGUGGUGGGUAUGUGUAGACUUCACGGAUUUGAACAAAGCAUGCCCAAAAGGCCAUUUCCCCAUGCCUCAAAUCGACCAGCUAGUAAAUUCCACUGUAGGUCAUCCUUGGAUGAGCUUUUUAGACGCUUUUCAAGGCUACCACCAGAUAACUUUGGCUUUGGACGAUCAAGAGAGAACAACAUUUGUCACCCCCGUUGGGAACUACCAUUACAAAGUAAUGCCCUUUAGUUUGAAGAAUGCCAGCGUUACCUACUAG